CCAACGCCACACUCGAGCAGUUAGCGAUCGGUGUUGUUGCUGUUUGUAUACUGCGGUGAAGAUAUCAAACUAUUGACCCAAAGCUGUAGGAUCUGUAGUGGUUUAGCAGCUCUCACUGGUGAUCGGGUGAAAUGGAUGACUUCAGCUCCAUCAGUCUUCUGUCUCUGGCCAUGCUGGUUGGCUGUUAUGUGGCUGGAACUAUUCCCCUGGCUGUCAACUUCUCUGAGGAGAAGCUCAAGUUGGUGACUGUGUUGGGAGCAGGACUAUUAUGUGGCACUGCAUUAGCUGUCAUUAUUCCAGAAGGAGUUCAUGCACUGUAUGAGGAAAUGCUAGAAGGUGGGCACCAUCAUGGCCAUGGUAAGGUGGAGGCGGAGGUGUCUGAUCCGAAGGUUGCGGAAGGAGUUGUAGGACCCAGUAGUGAACAUGGCCACGGUCACGAGCAGCUCCACGCAUAUAUUGGCGUCUCUCUGGUGCUGGGCUUUGUCUUCAUGUUGUUGGUGGAUCAGAUAGGCAGUUCGCAUAUGCACAGCGGUGAUGAUCCAGAGGCAGCAAGGUCUGCUAGCUCUAAGGUCACGACCACGCUUGGUUUGGUCGUCCAUGCUGCAGCUGAUGGCGUUGCACUUGGAGCUGCUGCAUCCACGUCUCAGACUAGCGUUCAGCUCAUUGUGUUUGUGGCCAUUAUGUUACAUAAGGCCCCUGCUGCAUUUGGACUCGUCUCUUUCCUCAUGCAUGCAGGCUUAGAAAGGAACCGGAUCCGGAAGCAUCUGUUAGUUUUUGCUCUGGCAGCUCCUGCUUUGGCUAUGCUUACAUAUGUAGGACUCAGUCAGAGCAGUAAAGAGGCACUGUCAGAUGUUAACGCUACUGGUGUGGCCAUGCUGUUCUCUGCCGGCACCUUCCUGUACGUGGCUACGGUGCACGUCCUACCGGAGGUGGGAGGAAUGGGCGGCCACAGCCACUCGCCUGGAGGAAGUGGUGGGAAAGGACUGAACAAAGUGGAGGUCGGAGCUCUAGUUCUAGGCUGUCUGAUACCUCUAGUGCUCUCCAUUGGCCACCAGCACUAGUGUUCUUAAAGCAGCUUCGGAGUUAAAAACAUACCUGAAAGAGUGUGAUUGAACAGCAUUGGCCAAACAUGAACCUCAUAUUACCGGUUUGAAUUAUGUCUCUGUCAGUGUGUUCGAGUUGACAACUGAAUUGAAUAUUAAACAUUUGAGUCGGGCAGGAGUUGGGAUGCAUCUGUGGACUCCCAGAACUGGUUGCUCUGGUGCCCUCACAAAGCACUGUGUGCUGACAUCUUCAAAUAAAUCAUGUAUCGUGUGUCCAACUCUAUUUUUUUCUUCAGUGGUGCUGGUUUUAGAAAUUUAAAGGAUAUGAAUUAGGGUUGUCAUCUAGGCUUCAUAUUUGGUGUUCUCUCAUUUUUUAUUUGGAAAAUGUACAUUAAUCUUUUAAUACAAGAACUAAUACCCGAGUUGCCAUUUGCAGUAAUGAAAACGUCAAUGUUUUUAUAUUGUCCAAAUAUGGUAAUUACAUUUGCCCUGUAAGACUGUAUAUAACUGCUCCACCUGUACAUUUUUUGCACAUAUCUGGGUUGAUUUGUCUUAUUAAAACAGUGAUCAAAUUACAAGGUGUUAAACACCACACAACUAUUGUUAAUCUGACAAAGAGAUUAUUUUCUUUAUUUAAUAUUUUCUUUGCCUCUUCUAUGAUUUUUUUUAAUUAGACAUUGACAGAAUAACAAAGUUUGUUUUUCCACAAACUUUUUACUACCAUAAUGGUUAAUGGGUUACUCAUCGAGAUGUAUUGAUAAAUAUUGGAAAACGUGACAUCUAUUUUUGGUGGUAGAAACUUCGAUAUUGAAAUCUUUGAAAGGACUUUUAUUUUGUUAUUUCUUCUGAGGGACCACUAAAGGAUCAACUUUCCAGGAGUUUAAACCGUUGCUUUUGACUGUCCUUUUCCAACACUUCAAAUGUUAUUGUCCAAAGUCUAAGCUGGGUUGAGAGUUAAGUGCAUGCACAGCUUUUUUUAUUUGAUUUAUGCCAUUACUGAAACCUGAUUGGUUGUGUUAUCUUGGAAAAAGGAUCUCAUUGGUCAAUCAGAUGUUUUGUACUGUGACGCCUGCUCACAGCAGAGCCUGUGUACUGUAAAUAUGUAUUCUCUGUAUAAAUGACAAACAAAUUCUUAAGACAAAAAUGAAAGCUCCUCAACAAUCUGA